AUGUUUCUGUACAUGCUUGUCUUCAUGGCGUAUCACAGCAGCAGAUGGAUACCCCAGAACCAGAGAUUAAAAUUGCUCUACGUCAUGGGAAGGUCAAAAUCCUCAAGAUACUGCAGGCAGCCGCUUCUGAACAACCUGUCAGCCUCCAUUGCUUUGUCCUUCAUAGCUUCGGGUUUUUCAGUGAUAUUCACAUUGAUGGACCCAGUUCCUCAGAGUCUGUGGGCUGCCUAUCAUGUGUUUGGUCUGCUGUCAUGUGGACAAGGGCUGUGCACCGCCAUCCUGACUCUGACAGCAGCCGCAUGUGUAAGAAAAAUACAGUAUUCAUAGUGACUUACUCAAAAGAACAACGUAUCAGUGGUUUCUUUGCAUCUCCACAGGCCAAAACCACCCCAGAGCUGUACUACAUGUCCCUUAUUCUAACAGUCGCCUCUACUUUAAGUACAGGUGAAGGAGGCCUCUCUCUUCUCCAUCACAUAUUUGACCAUUCCUACAGAAAAUCUACAGUUCAAAGGAGUAACACCUGCUCAUGUCCGUUUAGGUUUUUUCAUGGUGAGAGGAGGACUGUGGUUAACUACAAGGCGGCCUGUGACGGACCAAAGCAGAGGCUAAAAUGAGUGAUAAAACAGUCCAGCUGUCCCACACUGACAUCCGAUCCUGCACAUAUAAAGAAUUCAUGAGGUUUUCGUGCCACCAGCAGCCGGUAACUUUAAACCAUGAGGAGGGGAAAAAGGGCAAGUGACUUAAUCCACCUUAUAUUAUAAUCCCCACAUCAGAAAAGCAGAUGUCUUGACUGUUUAAAGUUUUUGCUUUUUAUUUGUUGAUGGGUUCUGGUUACAUUUGGCCAUUUCACGUGACAAUUUGCCAUAGGAAGCCAAUAGAAAUGUGGUUCAAACAGUACAUUCAAAGUACAUUUAUACAUGUAAUAAGAAUACAGAUGUAAAUCUGCAUACAGUACUUAAAGUGAUGUUUAUUUCAUUGGAAAAACAUAACUGCAAUAAACAAAUUAUAGCAGAAGAUGAAAAAGAAAUGAUUUACUGAUUUAUAAAGCAAAGAUGUCCAGGUUGCAUUAAUUAAAGAAAAAAAGCAUUUCUGCACCAAAACGCAAGUGAUCUCCAUGACAGAUUUAUUUUCCCUGCUAUCUUCCAUCACUGUCUGAUUACUGGUUUAGAACACCAGAAAUCAUUUCAAACUCCUACAUUACACUUACUAUAUAUCUGUUUGUAACUUUCCCACUUUUUAGUCAAACUUUAAAGCAAGAAGAACAUUAAAAAGGCAUGGAAAGAAUAUCAAAACACUUCAAAAUGCAA